AAAACUUCUGCGAGAAGUUUUAUCAGUGCAGCAGCGAAUGCCAGAACAGAUUUCCUGAGUCAGCGAAGAAUGAAUUCAUCUCGGAAUAUUGCGGCGAAAUUAUCAGUCAAGACGAAGCUGACAGGAGGGGAAAAGUAUAUGAUAAAUAUAUGUGUAGUUUCCUUUUUAAUCUUAACAAUGAUUUUGUUGUAGACGCGACACGGAAAGGGAAUAAAAUAAAGUUCGCUAAUCACUCGAUAAAUCCAAAUUGUUAUGUGAAAAUAAUGAUGGUGAACGGUGAUCAUAGAAUAGGUAUUUUUGCUAAGAGAGCAAUUCAACCUGGUGAAGAAUUAUUUUUUGACUAUAGAUAUAGACCACGGAACAAUUAAAAUUCGUCGGUAU